AUGAGCGCAGCGUUCCCGCCGUCGCUGAUGAUGAUGCAGCGCCCGCUGGGGAGUAGUACCGCCUUCAGCAUAGACUCGCUGAUCGGCAGCCCGCCGCAGCCCAGCCCCGGCCAUUUCGUCUACACCGGCUACCCCAUGUUCAUGCCCUACCGGCCGGUGGUGCUGCCGCCGCCGCCGCCGCCACCGCCCGCGCUGCCCCAGGCCGCGCUGCAGCCCGCGCUUCCGCCCGCGCACCCUCACCACCAGAUCCCCAGCCUGCCCACCGGCUUCUGUUCCAGCUUGGCGCAGGGCAUGGCGCUCACCUCCACGCUCAUGGCCACGCUGCCCGGCGGCUUCUCCGCGUCUCCCCAGCACCAGGAGGCGGCGGCCGCCCGCAAGUUCGCGCCGCAGCCGCUGCCGGGCGGCGGCAACUUCGACAAGGCGGAGGCGCUGCAAGCCGACGCUGAGGAUGGCAAAGGCUUCUUGGCCAAGGAGGGCUCGCUGCUCGCCUUCUCCGCGGCCGAGGCGGUGCAGGCGUCGCUCGCCGGGGCUGUCAGAGGGCAAGGGAAAGACGAGUCAAAGGUGGAAGACGACCCGAAGGGCAAGGAGGAGAGUUUCUCGCUGGAGAGCGAUCUGGACUACAGCUCGGAUGACAAUCUGACGGGCCAGGCGGCUCACAAGGAGGAAGACCCCGGCCAUGCGCUGGAAGAGACCCCGCCGAGCGGCGGCGCCGCGGGCAGCACCACGUCCACGGGCAAGAACCGGCGGCGGCGGACUGCCUUCACCAGCGAGCAGCUGCUGGAGCUGGAGAAGGAGUUCCACUGCAAAAAGUACCUCUCGCUGACCGAGCGCUCGCAGAUCGCCCACGCCCUCAAACUCAGCGAGGUCCAGGUGAAAAUCUGGUUCCAGAACCGCCGGGCCAAGUGGAAACGGGUGAAGGCCGGCAAUGCCAAUUCCAAGACAGGGGAGCCCUCUCGGAACCCCAAGAUCGUCGUCCCCAUCCCCGUCCAUGUCAGCAGGUUUGCUAUCAGAAGUCAGCAUCAGCAGCUGGAACAGGCCAGGCCCUGA